CAAAUAAUUAUACAGUCUCGUGAUUCUCGUGACUUGGAUCGAACAGCUGAGUUUAUAGUAGAACAAGUGAAAUUCCCAAAUAUUCGCGGAGAAACGAAAAAAAAUCGCCUGAAAAGGCGAAUAAUUUUACAUUUAAUUCAGUCUAAAGCACAUUAAUAAUGGCGGAUCAAAAAAAUAUCAAGGAAAUCAUUCCCACGCUGCCUGAUGAGAAAAUUGAUAUGUUGGCAGCAACAAGCGUUCUUCAACAACAAGCUGCAGAAAUAAGAAGUCAACGAAUCAAUUGGCAGUCUUAUUUUCAAUCUCAAAUGAUAUUAAAAGAAGAUUAUGACUUCAUAGCAGCGUUUGACACAAGCGAUGCAGAAGCAAGAGAAGCAAAAUUAAAGGAAAAUCCAAGUCAGGCAGCAAAAACAUUUUUAAAUCUUCUAGGGCAUGUAUCUAAGGAUCAAACUAUUCAAUAUAUUCUUAUAAUGAUCGAUGAUAUGCUACAGGAAAAUCGUAGUCGAGUUGAAAUUUUCCGAGAACAUUCAAAUCGAAAACGUGAAUCUGUCUGGGGACCAUUCUUGAAUCUUCUAAAUAGACCAGAUGGUUUUAUAAUGAAUAUGACAUCAAGAAUAAUUGCCAAACUUGCUUGUUGGAGUCAUGAGCUUAUGGAAAAAACUGAUCUUCAAUUUUAUUUAACGUGGCUUAAAGAUCAAUUGAAAUUGAGCUUCGAUGCCCUUCAGGAGGGAAGCAUGCAUGCCGAGGUAGUACAGGACAACACUCCCAACGAGGCUGGGGAAUCAAAUGAGCUACACGAAUUGCUCAAUCCGAACAACGAUUAUAUUCAAUCUGUGGCGAGAUGUCUGCAAAUGAUGUUGAGAAUUGAUGAAUAUCGUUUUUCAUUUGUCUCUGUCGAUGGUAUCUCAACACUUUUGAGCGUUCUCUCCGGUCGAGUCAAUUUUCAAGUGCAAUAUCAACUUAUUUUUUGUCUUUGGGUGCUUACAUUUAAUCCUCUGCUGGCAGAGAAAAUGAAUAAGUUCAAUGUUAUUCCUAUUUUAGCAGAUAUUCUCAGUGAUUCUGUUAAGGAGAAAGUAACACGAAUUAUUCUCGCAGUAUUCAGAAACUUAAUUGAAAAAGUAGGAGACGCACAAGUAGCAAAGGAACAUUGCAUCGCAAUGGUUCAAUGUAAAGUACUCAAACAGCUUUCGAUUUUGGGUCAACGUAAAUUUGACGAUGAAGAUAUUACCGGAGAUAUUGAUUUCUUAAAUGAUAAACUUCAAGCCUCUGUUCAAGAUCUCAGUUCAUUUGAUGAAUAUUCAACGGAAGUUAAAUCAGGACGUCUUGAAUGGUCACCAGUUCAUAAAUCAGGAAAAUUCUGGCGUGAGAAUGCAAGUCGUUUGAAUGAGAAAAAUUAUGAGCUUCUUCGUAUUCUUGUACAUUUACUUGAAACCAGCAAAGAUCCUCUUGUUUUGAGUGUUGCCAGUUUUGAUAUUGGAGAAUAUGUUCGUCAUUAUCCCCGUGGAAAACACGUUAUUGAACAACUAGGUGGUAAACAACGUGUAAUGCAACUUCUUGGACAUGAAGAUCCAAAUGUACGAUAUGAAGCUUUAUUGGCUGUACAGAAAUUAAUGGUGCAUAAUUGGGAAUACUUGGGAAAACAGUUGGAGAAAGAUCAAGGAACACCACAGCAAGGAACAAAAUCCGGUGCACAAGUACCAGCUAAAGCAUAAAUAAUCACUAAUUUCCAAAUUUUCACUUUAAAACGAAAGUAGCUUAUGCUUGUCUCUAUAGAGUUUUAGAAAUCCAUUAUGUUUUUACGCGUGUCAGGAUUUUACUAAAACAUACACCACGAAUCUGUAAUAAUAUUUCACGUUUCUCAGAUUCCAAUUUAUCAAAAAAAAAAAAAGACAAAUAUAAAUUGCUUAUAUCACAUUUAAUGAAAUUGUAAAAAAAAGAGAACAUAUUUUCACAAUCAGAUAUUCACAUUCCAUAUGAAUCGAAAAUAGUCCAAUUUUUUUUUUUUGUAAAAAAAUAUUUAAUAUCUGGUUGGUCGUGUGAUGAUCGCCAAUUUUCUGUCAAGAAAAAUUGAAAUGAUAAUAAUAAUAAGAAAAUUCAUGUAAAUACACAGAAUUACCAUAUUCAUGAAUUUGUGGCGAUAUGUGUAAACUAAAUUUGUAAUAUAAUGUUGUUGUUGUUGUUGUAAACUUGAAAGUCUUGAAUAUUAGCAAAUAAAAAUAAAAAUAAUAUCUA